UUCUGUACUACAAUGAUUGUAUGUAUUUAGCUCAUGAAUGUUUAUCCCUGGGUGAACGUGGCCCGUACAAAUUUAUUGGAGAUUUUCUCGAUUUAGACUAUGAAACAGUAGCCAGUGCUAAUGAUAUUGUUUUUGAUGAAGAUAUUCUGGAGAGAUUAGCUGCAAUGGGUACUUGUAGUCUGGUACCACAUUUUCAUCAAUCUGGUGCCAAAAGCUUAUCGUAUCAUUUAAGACGUGAACGACAACAUCUCCUACGAUGCAUUGAAAGGAUACAAGGAUUUCAUAAAAUCGGAGGUACGCCCAUCAUUCUGUUCUCCCAAUGUAACUGCUCUCGUAGAUACGUGUAAAUUUGUAUAUACAGUUGGAUUUGUUAACAUGGGACCUUUGAUUACAUAAAAGAGAACGUUGUUCAAUAGACGGAAACCAACUUAACUGCAGGAUGAUAGGCUUUGGUUAGUGACUUACUCCAUCUUUUGUUGACUAUUGCUGUAAUAUUUUCACCUUUAAAUGUCAUUUGUUAAAGUGACUUUUAAUUUUCCAUUGAUUGAUUAUGCAUAUUGAAAAGAAACACUCGAUAUCUACUUGACAUAUCAGCUGCCUUAAGAUGAACACUGAUGGAUGUGGCUAUUAGAAUUAGAAUUAGAAUCUAAUUUGCACUUUCUUACCUAUUUUGGACUUGCUCAAUGGGUUGCAGAUACAUUCAAUCAAGAAACAGUCUCAAACAGGACAAAUUACAUGUCCUAAAUUCUACUGCUGGUCACUAUCACCAACCGAGUAAAACAAACCCGUCAAAUUUUCAGAACAUAUUGUAGGCAAAAUACAUCUACCAUAUGCUAGAAUCACAAAUUGACACUUAGCUUCGGUAUCGUGUUACUUUUGUCUUCUGGAUUGUUCUUCUUUGUUUUCCUUUUAUGCUUUCUAUAUUGUUUCAUAAGCAUCGUUCAUUAAAUUCAUCUCUCCACUAUUCGAUAUUCUUGCAGAUGAUAUAGGUAUUUUUAUCUGUAUAUAUAUACUACUUAUAAAUCUUGUCAAAAGGACAUGUCACAAUCUUAUUUGUUUAAUGGUGGUGGCUACUAGCAGUUAAGAAUCCAAACCGUACGUAUUCGUACCUAUUGGGACUCACCUGGUGGAAUGCCGUUGCAUCCAUUUGAGAAGUAAUUCCGGAAAAGGUUUUAGUUUCACGUGUGAUAAUUCAGCUUUUGUUUUAUUGUCAUUAUUAUUAUUCCCUUGGGUUCCAAUUGGUACAUAGGGCUUCAACAACACAAUUUCACUCUGUUACAUUUUCUUCUGUCCUCUUCAUCUGGUUGGGUCCAUGAUUGCUCGUAAUCUCUCAUCUCUUCCUCCAACUCACAUGAUCUCCUCCAUGUCACCCUCGCACUGGCGACCCACUCGUCACUUCCCAUUGGGAUUCCACUCGAGCAAUGGCCUGCAUUGUUCGCGAUAUCAUUCGACAAACUCCUCAACGCAUGCCCUAUCCAUUCAUCUCCAUUAUCUCCUACGUAUUUGUUGAGAAAUCGGUUCUCGGUUGAUUGAUCUUUUCACAGCCAGAGUUUCUUCUUGCCAG